GUGUGAGACGGAAGGCGCAUGCCCAGAAUGCUGCUCCCAUGGAAAGCAUCCGAACUAGUCACCCCCUGGAACUUGUAUGCAUGGAUUUCCUUAGUAUUGAACCUGACAACAGAGACAUCAGAAACAUCCUUGUCAUCACAGAUCACUUUACAAAGUAUGCCAUUGCAGUUCCAACAAAAGAUCAGAAAGCCAACACAGUUGCGAAAGCGUUAUGGGACAACUUCAUUGUGAAUUAUGGAUUUCCAAGUCGUUUACUCAGUGACCAGGGAAGGGACUUUGAAUCCCGCACCAUAAAAGAACUAUGCUCGCUCAUUGGCACAGAGAAAGUGAGAACGACGCCAUAUCAUCCACGCGGCAACCCCGUCGAAAGAUUCAACAGAACGCUCCUAAGCAUGCUUGGUACUCUGGAAGAAAAAGACAAAUAUCACUGGAGGGACUUUGUCAAGCCGUUAGUCCAUGCAUACAAUUGCACCAGGAACGACACCACUGGAUACUCACCAUAUGAGCUGAUGUUUGGCAGGCAGCCGAGACUCCCCAUUGAUCUUCUCCUUGGUCUUCAGCCAAACCAAGAUGGGUUCAAGUCGCACUCAGACUAUGUGAAGGGCCUUCGUCAACGCCUGCAAGACAGUUAUGCCCUCGCUUCGGAGAGCUCAAGGAAGAUGGGCGAAAAGAACAAGGCAAGAUUUGACAGCAAAGUCAGAGCAGCAGAACUCGUUGCUGGAGACAGAGUCCUUGUGAGGAACGUGAACCUUCGAGGAAAACACAAGCUCGCAGACAGGUGGGAGAGAGAAGUCCAUGUUGUGGUGAAGAGAAUAGGUGAUGGUCCGGUCUAUGUCAUCAGACAGGAAAGGGGUGACACUCCGCACCGCACCCUCCACAGAGAUCUCCUCCUGCCCUGUGGGUUCCUGCCUGUUGAUGAGACUGGACCUGAACCUGAAGUCAAUCUGCCGACAAGAAGGUUAAGAUCCGGGAUAAAGACAACUCAGCAGAACAGAAAUGAUGAAUCCGUUGGUGGCAGCAGUGAUGAACUCAGCAGUGAUGAAGAAGAAUGCUACCCAUCACAACUCCCUCAGAUCUCCACAAGGUCCUUCAUCAAAAUGGAAGGUGCCAGAGAAACAACACAGAACAUCCCAGAACAGUAUCCUCCAGAACCCUCCACCUCAGCUGGACUGAACCCGUGUCCAACCAAGGUCCAUCAGUUCAAAAGCCCACUCAGCAAUGUAUUGCCCUUCACUGAUCCUGUCAUACACUCACCUGCAAGCGAACCUGUUAAUGGGCCAUCUCCACACACCAAUGCCGUGCCACAGACUAGACCUUUUCAGAGAAACUCAGUUGAUGAAGAAGAGACAGAGACUGUGCUACCCAUGGAUGCGAUACCCCAUGUUGAACCUGUUGACCUGCCAGAGAGAGAAGCCGCUGAAGUUCGAAGAUCCACCAGAGAAAGACGUCCACCUGAAAGACUGUGUUACGGAGAACUGGGAAGACCCUUGGUGCUAGCUCUUGCCUCCUUCUUCGAAAGUCUAAGCAGAACUGUCUAAGUCCUCUAGAAGGCGCACUAAAUAGUCUUAACACGCAUGCAGAGACUCAUGCGGUUUAGAGGGGGAGAAUGUAACCCAUGUCAUUUUCAGACGCUCCCUUAAUUCUUUUAUUGUGCUAAGAAUUUCCUGAUAGUCCCUAGAGCGUGCCAUAGAAUGUUUUGAAUCAAACCAGAUGCGGAAAACCAACUACGCUCAAUCAGACACGAUAGACCAACGAAUGACUAAGAAGAAGUAGAAGUAGAAAAACAGAAAAGAAAGAAGAAAGUAGAACAAAUAGAAAGAAAAUAGAUUCCCCCCAUUUGAUCCUCAUCUUCAACGCCUUCCUUUUUUAUCGACUUCCUUCCCUUCGAUUUAUGUCCUGCAAUCAAGUCCCGAGAUCGUCGUGAGCUUGAUUUUCCUACCCGAUAUCCUGGUGAGCAAAUUAUUAACUUUGUAACUUAUACUAAUAUGUUAAGCUAAGCUAGGUUAUUGUAAACAGGUCCUGGUGAGCCUUAUAAGCUUCCUACAUGGUAAAUUGGCAUGACAUAGUCUUAAAACCAGUCAGGAUACUCUGAAUGGACUUCGACCUUAUGGUUUAGUAGGUUUUUGUGUAUUUUAGGAAUUUUGAGUGUCUUAUAUUUUCAUCAGUAUGGGUCAGUGACAGUUACGUUGCUGGACAGUUAGCUCUCUGGCUAGCAUGGUUUCUAAGCAACAAUGUCGGUCUAGCAAGACAGCAAUCUCCGGUAGCUGACUUUACGGAGAUGUGCCGUAAGAAUGAGUUUAUUUGUUGUUUUGUAUGUUGCCGUAAUGACAACAAUAACAUGGAUAAGGAAAGGUUACUGUAGUGAUUAAAUGAAAUGGAAUUUAAUAGUAAUUGAAUAGUCUGUAUAAUUCUGUGCAGACUGGUUUUUUCGUACCCCUGGAAACGUCCCCCGAAUCACCUUCAUCUUUACCUGGAACCCCUGGAGCCCUGAUCUGCACUCCCCACCUUAUCAUCAUUUUCCCCUUGCACACCCCCCUGUCUUCCUCUGAUUGAACUGUCCCCCAUCAACGUCCACUGUCCCUGCUACUGUGGUAGGACUGAAUCCGACGUCAUCAUUCCUUUUAAUUUAAAUUUUUUUUUUUUUUUUUUGA